CCGUCGGGAGAUAUAACCCACAUAGCCUACCGAGCAACAAAUGGUGCGUCUGAGCUGGAGACCUAAUACUGGAGUUAGGAAGAUGUUUCCGCAGACUGAGUGGCUUUAAUGAUCCACUGCAGAGCCCGCUGCAGGGGGACAGACCGCGCGCCAUCAUCUGUUGAUCGGAUUGGAGACAAUUAAGCGCAUUAUCAUGAGCCACCGCGGUCCGACUUACAGGUGAAAUUCGAGGAGAGUGAAAUGAUUCCAAAGUCAGGAAAAUCUCCGGCAGACUCGAGGAAAAGUGUCGGCAUCCAUGAGUUUGCAGCACUUGCCAGGUCCUCCUUAAAUGGUAUCUCUCAGGCAGUGAAGGACCAUGUAACGAAGCCCACCUCCCUGGCUCAGGGCCGGGUCGCCCACCUCAUUGAGUGGAAAGGUUGGCCCAAACCUGCGAACCCACAGCCAGCCGCCCACUUUAGCUCCUACUGCCACCUGACUGAAGGAGAGAAGGAGGCCCGGUUUGCUGCAGGAGUGGCUGAGCAGUUUGCCAUCGCUGAGGCUAAGCUGCGUGCCUGGGCUUCUAUAGAUGAUGAUGACGACGAGGAAGACUCAAACGAUGAAGACUCCCACACCAACGGACGGACUCAAACCGCCUCCAGCCAGAACGCAGGUAUCCACCGUCGCUACCAUUUUGUUCAUUUCCAUCACUCAUCCGGAGUGCCAUGCCAGCAGGUUGAUGGCGGCGAGGCACCGCCCGACAGUAGCAGCAACGAGGGCAGCCCGCUCUGUGGUAGGCCUGCGUCUUACAAUGACCCACAUUCAUCCCAGACCAAUUCACCUACUUUAGCCAGCGACUGCACGAGUCCCUUCCUGGAGGAGGAAGAGGAGGGAGAUAGGCUGGGUGGUCGCGUGGAGCAGCCGGCCCUUUUGCAGGAGCAGCGCAGCGAGGUCUGCAUCCACAACAAGCCUGAGUGGAGGCCUCGGGCCAGGAGCAGCAGGUUCGACUCCUGCUACUCCACCUCUCACUCGGAGUCUCCUGGAGAGGAUGACGAGGAGGACGAGGAGGACGAAGGCAGCGUGUUUCAUGAGUUUCGAGCGUGGCAUUCCAGCCGGAGAAGCUUCUUCUCUGACCGGGCUUCCUCUGGAGUGGCGUCCUUCGAUGAAGAGGAGAGGGAUGAAGUAGAGGAGAAGAAGAGUAUUUGAUGUGAUGUGUUGUCCAUCUUUAUGUCUCUUUGAGUCCGUGUUGAUUCUGGAUAUGACAUAAUCUAUUCUUUCACUGUAAACCUCUCUCCACCUCCUCUUCUUCCCCUGAUCAUCUCUUCUCCACUCGCUGCCUUCUGUCUCUCAUCCUCUAGGCCUUUCAUGUACUGAUCUAGCUCCUCUGUUUAUCGCUGCUGUAAACAGUAUAUAUAGAUCUAUCUAUCUAUUAUAUAUAUAUAUAUAUAUAUAUUGGAGAGUUCAAUCAGAAUGUAAAGCUGUUGUUUAAACUUAGUUUUGUAAAUUUUUGUGAAGAGUCACGUGUUGCAUUGGUUUUCUAUGGAUAUUUUGUAUUGUUGUUUUUCUGGGUCAUGCUGUGUCGUGGGUCGGGCUAUGUUUAAUACUGAAUGUCUGAAUGUCCUGCUUAUA